CCAUUGCAGCAGCAAGCAAGCAGCUGACGGCUCAUGGAGUAAACCCAAAACAGCAGGCAUAGCGUCUGCUACGCGCACCCUUGACACGCGAAAAUUAAGCAGGAACACAAAGGUCCGCUUUUCAACGUAAGAGGAGAGCAUUUAAAACGCACAGAUGUGGAUAACUCCGGAGGAGGUGUUGCUUGCUAACGCUCUUUGGGUGAGCGAAAGGGCGAACCCCUUCUUCACUCUUCAGAGAAGGAAGGGACAUGGGAAAGGAGGGGGCAUCACUGGCCUGCUGGUUGGGACCCUGGACGUGGUCUUGGACUCCAGUGCCAGGGUCGCCCCCUACAGGAUCCUGCACCAGGCAGGGGACUCCCAGAUCUACUGGAGCAUCGCCUGUGGCUCCUCCCGGAAGGAGAUCACGGAACACUGGGAAUGGCUGGAGGCCAACCUGCUGCAGACCCUCUCCAUCUUCGACAAUGAUGAGGACAUCACCACGUUUGUCCGGGGGAAAAUCCAGGGGAUCAUAGCGGAAGAGAACAAGAGCAAACAGCAGGCAGAAGACGAAGAUUCCGGAAAGUUCCGUGAGGCGGAGCUGAAGAUGCGGAAGCUGUUCGGGAUGCCGGACGAGGAGAAGCUGGUGAACUACUACUCCUGCAGCUACUGGAAGGGCCGCGUCCCCCGGCAGGGCUGGGUGUACCUCAGCGUCAACCACCUCUGCUUCUACUCCUUCCUGCUGGGCAAGGAAGUGACCCUGGUGGUGCAGUGGACGGAUGUGACCCUGCUGGAGAAGAACGCCACGCUGCUGUUCCCGGAGAGCAUCCGCGUGAGCACGCGCGGCACCGAGCACUACUUCUCCAUGUUCCUCAACAUCAACGACACCUUCAAGCUCAUGGAGCAGCUGGCCACCAUCGCCAUGAGGCAGCUGCUGGACAACGAGGGCUUCGCCGCCGACCGCUCGCUGCCCAAGCCCUGCAAGACCCUCAGGAACGUCUCCGCCCUCAAGAGGGACUUUGACGCGCGGGCGAAGAACGAGCGGUACCGGGCCAUGUUCCGCCUGACGCAGGACGAGAGGCUGGAUGGACACACUGACUGCACGCUCUGGACGCCCUUCGCUAAGAUGCACGUCGUCGGACAGAUGUUCGUCUCCAACAACUACAUCUGCUUCGCCAGCCGAGAGGAAGACCUCUGUCACCUCAUCAUCCCUCUCAGAGAGGUGUCUGUUGUGGAGAAGGCCGACAGCAGCAGUGUCCUCCCCAGCCCGCUGUCCAUCAGCACAAAGAACAAGAUGACCUUCCUGUUCGCCAACCUGAAGGACCGCGACUUCCUGGUGCAGCGCAUCUCCGACUUCCUGCAGCGCACGCCCGACAGACUGUGGAGCGAUCGCAAGGAGCUGCCCGAGACUCCGAGCCCCACCUCGCCCUUCCCGUCGACGCCCCCGGCCUCAGGGGAGAGCCCCCCCAACCGGCACUACCGCUCCAGCCUGCCGACCGCCAGCCAGGGCCUGCUGAACAUCUUCCGCCAGGGCGCGCCCGAGGACCUGGGGCCCAAAGCGACGAAGGAGAAGAUGAAGGAGGAGUCCUGGAACAUCCACUUCUUUGAGUUUGGCCGGGGCGUCUGCAUGUACCGCACCUCCAAGACCCGGGAGCUGGUGCUCAACGGCAUCCCCGAAAACCUGCGCGGGGAGCUGUGGCUGCUGUUCUCAGGCGCGGAGAACGAGAUGGCGACCCACCCCGGGUACUACGGCGAGCUGGUGGAGCAGGCCAUGGGGCACUGCUCUCUGGCCACGGAGGAGAUCGAGCGGGACCUGCACCGCUCCAUGCCCGAGCACCACGCCUUCCAGAACGAGACGGGCAUCGCCGCCCUGCGUCGGGUCCUCACCGCCUACGCCUACCGCAACCCGGGCAUCGGGUACUGCCAGGCGAUGAACAUCGUGACCUCAGUGCUGCUGCUGUACUGCACAGAGGAGCAGGCCUUCUGGCUGCUGGUGGCUCUGUGUGAGAGGAUGCUGCCCGACUACUACAACACCAGGGUGGUGGGAGCGCUGGUGGACCAGGCCGUGUUCGAGGAGCUGACGCGGGAGUGUCUCCCCUUGCUGUACGAGCACAUGCAGGAUCUGGGGGUCAUCUCCACCAUCUCGCUCUCCUGGUUCCUCACGCUCUUCCUCAGCGUCAUGCCCUUCGACAGCGCCGUCCUGCUGGUGGACUGCUUCUUCUACGAGGGCAUCAAGGUCAUCUUCCAGGUGUCCCUGGCCGUCCUGCACGCCAACAUGGACCAACUGCUCUCCUGCAACGACGAGGGCGAGGCCAUGACCAUCCUGGGCAGGUACCUGGACAACGUUGUGAACAAGCAGACAGCGUCUCCGCCCAUCCCCCACCUCCACGCCCUGCUGACCAGUGGCGACGAGCCCCCGCCCGAGAUCGACGUGUUCGAGCUGAUCAAAGCUUCUUAUGAGAAGUUUGGCAGCCUGCGAGCGGACGUCAUCGAGCAGAUGCGCUUCAAGCAGAGGUUAAAGGUCAUCCAGUCGUUGGAGGACACCGCCAAAAGGAGCGUGGUCAGGGCCAUCAUGACAGACUCGGCCUUCACCAUCGAGGAGCUGGAGGAGCUGUAUGUUCUCUUUAAGGCGAAACACAUCAUGAGCUGCUACUGGGGCGCCAGCACCAGCGCAGCGGAGCGGCACGACCCCAGCCUGCCGUACCUGGAGCAGUACCGCAUCGACAUGGGCCUGUUCAGCCCGCUGUUCGGGGCCCUGGGGCCCUGGGGCUGCGGCACCCACACCGCCACCCUCGCCGCGCGCCUCUUCCGCCUGCUCGACCACAACCGCGACGGCCUCAUCAACUUCAAGGAGUUCGUCACCGGGCUGAGUGGAAUGUACCAUGGAGAUAUGACUGAGAAACUGAAGCUGCUCUACAAACUGCACCUGCCCCCAGCUCUGUGUCCAGAGGAAGCUGAGUCUGCACUGGAAGCCACACAGUUUUUUACUGAUGACAGUACCCCGCAGGAUCCUCCCUUCCUGUCUGAUGUGGACUUCCUGCUGCAGGAAGUGGCCUCAGGAGAGGAGGUAAAGGCUGCGGAGUCCGGGGAGGACUCUGGGAAUGGGAAUGGGAAUGGGAACCCAGAGGAGAAAAAAGGACACACUGUCACUGCUAUAAGAGCUCUAUCGGUCUCUGUUGCAGAGGAGAAGGUGAAGGACUACAAGUAUUAUCUGAGGAUGUGGGCCAAGGAGAACGAGCCAAAGAAAGAGACGAUCAAAGACCUGCCCAGGAUGAACCAGGAGCAGUUCAUCGAGCUGUGUAAGACCCUGUACAACAUGUUCAGUGAGGACCCGUGCGAGCAGGAGCUGUACCACGCCAUCGCGACGGUCGCUAGCCUGCUGCUGCGCAUCGGCGAGGUGGGCAAGAGGUUCAGCAACAACGGCGCCAAGAAGCUCGACAGCCAGGGCACGGUAGCCUCCACCUCCAGCACCUCCGCCACAGCCUGCCUCCCCGAGCCGGCCCAGCCCGAGAGAGAGCCCCCGGCGGGGGAGGGCAGCCCAGGACAGUCCCAGGUCUGCAAGGCCCUGGCGGAGGCCCAGCUGGAGGUCCCCCUCCCACCCAACUCGGACGAGGAGGCCAAGGACGACACCUCGGUCUCGUCCUACUCCAUGGUGAGCGCCGGCUCUCUGCAGUGCGAGGACAUCGCCGACGACACCGUGCUGAUUGGCUGCGGGGACCAGCGCAGGGCCAGCGUGCCGGACGCCGAUUGGUCCAUCACCUUCGAGCAGGUGCUGGCCUCGCUGCUGACCGAGCCCCCCCUGGUGGACUACUUUGAGAAGAAGCAGGACAUCCGCACCAGGAUGGCGUCCUGCAGGAGCCAGAGGGCCGUGGAGCGGCAGGUCAGCUCCUCCAGCGAGCACGACGUCGCCCUGCUGUCCGGCUGACCCGUCUCACCCUCGUCCCAUCCGUCCCAAACUCUCGCCAUCCUCGGGGGGGGGGCGCCCCCAUAGGUCAGACCCGGGGGUCCACCGUGUGCCCGAGUCAUCUCUCACCCUCCCCCACUGCCCCCGCGGCCCACCCCUGACUCUCUUUGUAUCCUCGUUUCAACAUUUUCUUCCUUCUUCUUUUUUAUUUUAUGGAGAAAAGAAAAAAGAUCUAUAAACAUGUAUAUAAAUAUAGGAAAUGUAUCUACCAAAAUAGCCUAAGAAAGCGUAAGUGUAUAAACACAGCUUAUCUAGCUAAUGGCGUGUGACCCCGCAUUCCGUGCAUCAGAAAUUCCAGAUCCACGUCAUUGCCCCUGCCCCCAAAGCUGCCUUUCUAUUGGUUUACACUGUGGCUCCUUAUCACUGUCAUUGGCCCUUACCCCAGGAAAUGAUAUGUGGGGGUUUAAGCUUCAAAUUCGAGUUCUUCAUAUGAGCUGAGUCAUGUCUGACUUGUUUGGUCAGAGCACAGUAAAGAAACUAAGCCUUAAAUAAAUACUAGCAGAUGGUCCUUGUAAAAUGCACCGGGUGUGGUCGGACUGGGGUAACUCGCUAAAGAGGAAACUGAAAUGAGAACAUGUUGAGUUCACCACAUGAGCAGAUCAAUCUGGCAGCCCACUCGUGUAUCAGUACUGAUUUAUUUUGUUAUUUUACAUUUUCAGAACCAGUUAUCUGAAGCUACCUCUUAGGUUAUUUGCUCCUUUAAUACUGUUUACUGGACUUCUCCUCCCCUGAGUUUCGAGGUUGGGCAUCUACCCCUCGCUUUUGUUGAGUUGAGAGGAGAGGUGACCGGUGUGUGAGCAGUUUCGCUGUAGAUGGGCAGGAGAGCAGUACACCCCUUUCAGUGUGUUGUGAAGACUACCCCUAUGGUUCACCCACGGUCGGGCAGUUUUAUACGGUUAGCGUUUGACCAAGCUUUGUUCAGAAAUGAGACGUAUUUCUCUCACUUCGUAUUGCAAUCACUCACAGCUGUACUAGACUGUCAGUUAAACUGAACAGACAGUAUGUCGUUGUUUACCUUCACAAACCCAAGAAAGGUAUUCUGAUGUUAUACAACGAAUCCCUUUUACUUGUCGCUAAACGGUUAACUUCCCAUUGUAUUAUUGUUGAUUUUGUUUUACCGUUUCUCUUCGAGAAGGCUGAUGCAUUUAACGUCCGGACCUCGGACAAAGCUUUCUGUCGACUGCAGCCUUUGUACACAAAAAACAUCUUCAGUGUCAUAACCAUAGAAUUUUGUUUAAAUAUAUCUGCCACUUUAAAGCUGUAAAUUCCUGCACACCAUAUUUUAUCUACACAGUUUAAAGCUUGACAAUAAUUAGCUUACAUUUAUCCAAGUUAGUAUGUUGUUAGUGCCCGUCAGUCUAGAUUAAAGGGAAUCGCCGAUAUAUUUUGUUAUGUGGGUUUUUUGUUUGUUUAUUUGUUUGUUUGUUUGUUUGUUUUUGAGCACACAGGUGAAUAUGGAGGACGUUAAGAUUCAGUUUGAAGUCUAGGUCUCGGGCCAGCAUGACUUUUCAUUGUUAUAUUUGACUGCAUUGUAUAUACACGCACCAUAUUAAUUGUCCAAGGGUUUGGGGUUUCUCCAGCUCUGACUGGAUUUUGUAGUACACAGUGAGCUCUACCUGCAGUACUCUAGACUCUUUCACUGAAAUCUGUUUUGCUGUGAAAUCAGUCUUAUGCUGGGUGGCUGGUAAACCUAGCAUUGGAGACUACGUAUUUUAGUAUUUGUUUCACUUGUCAGAAAUCACACAUUGAAUAUAUUCAUAUUUUCACAGAUGUGGAGUCAGAGAAGAGGGCUUUCAAAUUAUUAUUAUUUUUGAACCCAACAGUGUUUUCCUGUUCUGACCCUAUGUUCAGAGUGUAAUGUUUUCAGGGUUUGCUCUUUGGGAGGAAAACCGUAUCGAUAAAGCACAGAAUAGCAUUAGAAACCUCAGUGUAGUAACAGUUCUAUAAACAGCGUAUGUACUUUUGGGAGUCCAUGAAGACUAUUGGGAGCUGAACUUAUCCACCCUGUGAAUUUCACGUCCUUGUCGAUGAAGGUCCCGGGAAUCACAGCGUGUCAGUACUGUUUGUCCGUUGUACUCGUGUCACUGGAUCUUUCCGUGCGCAUUCCUUUCCGCUCGUGCUAAAGGAGCCUUUCUGGACAGCACUAAAAUUCUGUUCUGUUGCAUCUGCUAUUGUAGAGCACGGCUCAACGACGGUAGCAUUGUGAACUUGGCAAGAAUACUAAUAUUAGCUUAUAUUAUUUCGCUAUUUUCGCUGGCUAAUUGUUCAAAUGUGAAACACUAACAGGAAAAAAAGCUUCUGGUUUUAAACCGCAAAGCCUAACUAACGUACUGGUGUCAUUUAAAAACGCCUUCCAAUCCUGUCUGACCUGUCGUCGUUUCAGUGUGACUUCGAAAUUUGAGGCACGUGAUUUUUCCACACCAUCUGACUGUCAUAAUUUAUUUACACAUACUUGUUCAGUGCUAAUAUGACGUUUUUAACUGUUCUUGAUCGAUAUUUACUGUAUUAAAUCUAUAUUAUGUAAUAAAUACGGAUACAGAAUAAA